ACACCAGUGUUGACCGUCCCUAGUUUUUAUCUGCCCGAUGGAUGGCAGAUAGAUAGAGGAGUUCUGUUUUUCCUGCUCUGAGAACUGUAGCAUCAGACUGGUAGCACAACUCAAGCAUAAUAUCUUCUCUUGGAUAUCAUACGAUUGACUAUGAAGUUAAAAAUUAGAAGAAGAAAAAAAAGGAGGACAAGAGGUCGACCCUUCUUCUUGGAGAAGCAGCAGCACACCAAUUGACUAGCUCUAGGUCCCUAUCAUAAAUACGAAUGCUUUUUUAUAGUUUAGCGCAGCAAGAGAGAAAAAAUUAGUUAGGAUCGAAGAGAGAGAUGUCUCCACCGGUUAAGCUCAUCGGCGCCUUCGGCAGCCCAGCCGUCCACCGCGCUGAGGCGGCCCUGCGGCUCAAGGGCGUGCCUUACGAGCUCAUCCUCGAAGACCUGGAGAACAAGAGCGAGCUGCUCCUCACGCACAACCCCAUCCACAAGAAGGUCCCCGUGCUCCUCCAUGGAGACCGCACCAUCUGCGAGUCCCUCGUCAUCCUCGAGUACAUCGACGAGACAUUCGACGGGCCGGCCCUCCUGCCGACCGAUCCCUACGACCGCGCCAUGGCUCGUUUCUGGGCUCACUUCAUGGACUACAAGUGCGCCAAGCCGCUCAUGUUGUCGGUGUGGUCGGAGGGAGAGACGCAGAAGGAGUCCGUGAAGGAGGCGAAGGAGAACCUGGCGCUCCUGGAGGAGCAGCUCAAGGGGAAGAGAUUCUUCGCCGGCGACUCCGUCGGCUACGUCGACAUCGCCGCGUGCGGUGUGGCUCACUGGCUAAGCGUGAUCCAGGAGUCGGCUGGAGUGAGUCUGAUGAGCGACGACGAGUUCCCUGCUCUGCACCAGUGGGCCAAGGGCUACACCUCCGACGAAGAUGUCAAGCCGUGCCUGCCUGACAGGGAACGACUUCUCGCCUUCUACGUUGCAAACAUCGACAAGUACAGACAGAUGCUCAAAGCAUCAGUAUAAUGAUGCAGAAGUGUAUAAUUUAGUUCAAGAAUUUGUACGCUCGAUUUUCUCUCUGUUUGUGUGGAAUAAGAUAUGGAUCGGGCCAUGGCUUCGAAGAACA